UCCGCUGGUGCUUCAGUUGAGCUUGAGCGCCGCCGUUCGUGUCUUUCGUAUACAGUAUGAUUCGCACGCGAGAGUCGUACGGACCGUCGUUCGGUUGUCGUAAGUCUAGCCGGCGUGUUCACUCGUCUUUACACUGCUUCAAUGAACAUACUUUAACCGAUCAGUUUUCAAGAAUCUUCGACACGAAAACAGAAAAAAAGUCGAGAAGUACAUAAAUAAUUUACAUUAUUGAGAAAUACGGCAAAAAUGAUUACAAAUGAGUUAAACGAAUACAUUUAUAACUAUAUCAGUUAACGUUUAAGAAGUAAAAUAAUUAAGAAGAUAAAUUUCUGAUCACUUACCAUAAACUAUUUAAAAUAGUUAUAAAAGUUUGGUUAAUAAUAAAUAACCAUGAAUUAACCAAAUAAAGCAAACAUAUACAAGUUAAAAUUUAAUGGAAAAUGACCGGACAACAGACUAAACGAAUUACAACUGAUGCGAGGAUAUUUGAUAUGAUAGAAAUCGUUUGUGUAGGAAUGGGGAAAUCUAUUUCAAAGUUCAAUGGAUAAAAUAGGGAAGAUGGUUAAAUACACUACGGUAGAGACAAAAAGGAAAUAAUUCAUCGUAACUGAAAUAAAUUUGAGUUGCUUAUAACACACAGCGGCAAUGUCACUGCAAAAUGAUCUAUACGACGACGGUGGUGGCAAAGGUAGCCAGUUGAAUUUGACAGCGGAAAAUACAUGGGACCACGACUACAUAAUGCCUAAACGGGAUCCUCUAUACAUAGUCAUGCCGAUGACCAUUAUGUAUUCAGUAAUAUUCGUGACAGGCGUCAUAGGAAACUCGAUCACUUGCAUGGUGAUCGCCAAACACAAAUACAUGCACACAGCCACCAAUUACUAUUUGUUUAGUUUGGCCAUGUCCGAUCUCAUACUACUGGUAUCCGGGUUACCGCAGGAAAUGUGGUCCAUUUGGUCCAGGUAUCCGUACGUAUUUGGUGAAAUAUUUUGUCAACUCAGAGGUCUGUUUUCCGAAAUGUCUGCUAAUGCUACCGUACUUACAAUAACAGCGUUCACGGCAGAGCGAUAUGUAGCUAUUUGCCACCCAUUCAUGGCGCAAAGCAUGUCAAAACUUUCCAGAGCCGUAAAACUUAUCAUCAUUAUAUGGCUGGUUGCUGUGUUGUUUGCUAUACCUCAGGCAUUGCAAUUUACCGUGUCGUCGUGGGACGGAUCGUCAGAAACGAUGCAGUGCAAUAUUCGAAGUAUACUGCUAAUGAACACGGACAUCGAACUGUCUACCGUAUCGUUCACGCUGUCAACGCUGCUAUUUUUCUUGUUGCCGAUGACACUGAUAACUGUACUUUAUAUACUUAUCGGACUCCGCCUCCGGCGUUCCGACAAACUAAAACGCACCAUCACAGUACGAUCGACACACGGCGAGAAAAAAAUGUCGUCACCUGAGUACAGGGCCAACUCGUCGCCGAAAGUCCUUAAAAUGCUCGUGGCUGUUGUAGUGGCCUUUUUCAUCUGCUGGGCCCCGUUCCACGCACAAAGGUUGAUCGCCAUAUUCGGGUUCAGCCAUGCAUCGUCCGGUAACUUGGACGCGAAGGACAUACCGUUUUUACAUCAGCUGUACGGUAUUUCCACUUACAUCUCUGGCGUUCUCUACUAUGUAUCCACCACCAUCAAUCCGAUACUGUACCACAUCAUGUCACUGAAAUUCCGAGGAGCUUUUAAGGAAACGAUGUUACGGUGUUGUGGCGGCGACAGCGGCUGCGGCGGCGACGGAUGGACCGGAAAGGGCGGCAAACAGCAGCGUCCGGCACGCUGGGCACGGAGAAGGCUGCGCAGCGACUCGUCCGAACCGACCGCCGACGACCGCCGACCGAAGUACAGACGCGUGUCCGGACGAACGACUUCGUCCGUCGACUUUCCCGCCACCGCCGACGAAAUCGACGACGACGACGACGACGAAGUUUGCCGUGACGGUGGUCCGGUCGCCGACGCCGGGCAGCUCGCCGACUGUGGCUGGGGGCGGUCGCUGACGGGGUUGACGGCCGCCGGAAACGCCGAGCGACGGCACGACAGCAGCUGCAGCAACAGUGCCGGCAGCAGCGGAGGGAAUUGCGACGACAGCUCCGCUGCGUCCGGCGCGGCGCUUGCUGCGACCGGCGCCCGUGGACGGCGUCCGGCGAAAGCGCCGCCGGCGAUAGCGCUCAGCAACUGGACAGUGAUCAGCAAUAGCAGCCUCAAGGACGUGGACAGCGACGAUCUGCGCGACGAGCUCGUCGGUUACGCGGCCGACCACUCGGCGGCGAUCCGCGGCGAGACUACGUAUUAUUAUUAAAUAAUGGGGCACGACGGGGGUUUGUCCCCCCGAGAGCGGAACACUAUAAACGUGCCGCGCCGAUAAUACUGUUUUAAACGGGUGAUGUGGUCGUCGGGGCGAGUGUAAUAGUUUUGCAGACCAAAAAAUUAAUAUUCCGUUUGGGCGAAUGAGAUUGUUUUUACCUGUACGCGAACGAUAUACCCACACGUAUAGUAUGGAGUAGGUACGGACUUAUUCGUGAUGCGCGUGUAAUUUUAUUUUAUUUUAUUCUUACCUGUACAUUGCUAGACUAUGAUAUACAAUAUUACAAUACCGAUAUCUUAUUAAAGUUAGUGUCCAUUAUUAUUGAUUAUGUAUAUUAUUGUAUGUGAUUUUAUUUUAUUUUUGGAAAUUGAAACUGUUCAUUUAUUAUAAUAUUAUAUAUUAUAAAUAAUGUAAA